GAUAUGGAAAAAGAUAAUGCGACACUGCUGACAGAGUUAGUUCUCACAGGGCUCACAUAUGAACCAGAGUGGAAAGUCCCCCUAUUCCUAGUGUUCUUGGUUAUCUAUAUUCUGACCAUUGUGGGGAACCUUGGUCUGAUUGCUCUUGUAUGGAAUGACCCUCAGCUACACAUCCCCAUGUACUUUUUCCUUGGAAGUUUGGCAUUUGUGGAUGCUUGGAUAUCAUCCACAGUGACCCCGAAGAUGCUAGUAAACUUCUUUGCAAAGAAUAAAAUGAUAUCUCUUCCUGAAUGCAUGAUACAGUUUUUUUCCUUUGCAAUCAGUAUAACCACGGAAUGCUUUCUGCUGGCAACAAUGGCUUACGAUCGCUAUGUAGCCAUAUGCAAACCAUUACUUUAUCCAGUAAUUAUGUCCAAUAUAGUAUGCAUCCGGCUGUUAGUUUUGUCAUUUUCAGGUGGUCUUCUUCAUGCCAUAAUUCAUAAUGCUUUGUUAUUCAGAUUAACCUUCUGCAAUUCCAUCACGGUACACCACUUUUACUGUGACAUUAUACCAUUGUUAAAGAUUUCUUGUACUGAUCCUUCUAUUAAUUUUCUGAUGGUAUUCAUUUUGGCUGGCUCAAUACAGAUGUUCACUAUUCUGAUAGUUCUUGUCUCAUAUUCGCAAGUACUCUUUUCAAUCUUAAAGAAGAAGUCUCUACAAGGCAUAAGAAAAGCCUUCUCCACCUGUGGAGCACAUCUCUUAUCUGUCUCGUUAUAUUAUGGUGCUCUUGUCUUAAUGUAUGUGCGCCCUGUAUCUGCACAAUCAGAUGAUCAGGAUAUGAUGGACUCUUUGUUUUACACUAUCAUAAUUCCAUUCUUAAAUCCAAUUAUCUAUAGCUUGAGAAAUAAGAAAGUCAUAGAUUCACUGAGAAAAACGUUAAAGAGAAAUACUUAA